AUGAGGCCAGGGCCUGGUGGCACAAACGCAGCACCUGCUGGGAGGUCUCUUCUUGGCAGAGUGGGCCGGGGGCCCGGGUGGGGCAGACAUUUCCAGGGGAACGGUCUCAGCUGGUCGGGGCCUGACUGUCCCCUGCGGACAGCUGUGCCCUGCCCGGUUCCACCAGCACACCGGCCCCUGAGUCCCGGGCACCCUUCCCAGGACAGAUUCUCUCAGCACCUCUCCUGUCUUGACAGCGUUUCCAGUGCCGGGCCCGCAGGGGACCGUCAACCUUGGCACCUUCGUGUCAUCUUUCACAGUGCUGCCGUCAGCCACUCCCGUCCUCGGCCCGCCACACUGGGCCCCCUGGCAGCAGCACCCACCGAACGUCCUGGGCCCAGUGUUGCCCCCAGGAAGCACCCUGGUGCUGCCGACUCUUCCCAGCACGCCGUUGGUGGCAGCACAGGCCAGCUGUGGCCCAGGCUGGCCCGGGGCCUGCAACGUCACUGUGCACGUCUGGCCGGAACAGAGUUCCUGGCGGCCUCGGGAGUGAAGACCAUCCUGCCCGCCCCUCCUGCCUGGAGCACCCAGGCUAGCGAUGAAGGCUGGUCCCUGCACCGUCCACCUCGAGCUGCAGUGCCAGCUGCCCAGCUGGCCUCUGGCGGGCUCCCAGCAUUGGCCAGUCCUCGUCCACCUGGGGCCGCUAGGAACAGCGGCCCGGCCUGCUCGCAGCCCACCGCCUCGCCCGGGAACGCCUGCCACCGCAGCAGCGUGAACGAAAAGUUCCGGCGCUGGCAGCACUGCAAGCCCCUGGCCCGCAGGCACCUGCCCCAGAGUCCCGAUGCGGAGGCACUGUCCUGCUUCCUCAUCCCACUGCUUCGGACCCUGGCCCGCUGGAACCCCACCAUCACCCGGGAGGAGGUCCUGCAGCGGGGCGUGCAGAAGUGGCAUUGUCUAAGCAAGUCAGAGCGCAGCAUCUACUAUGUGAUGGCGGGAAGGUUCAUGGAGUUCGAGGCCGAGGAGGCGAGGCAAUGUCAGAACGCACAGUGGAUGAAGGCGGCGCAGGGCGUGCCUCAUCCAGCACCCCUCAGGCCUGUUCCUCGGGCGCCCUCAGCCCCAGAGCGGGGCCAGAAGCGAGGUAUGCCACCGUGUUCCCCCGGAGCCAAAGGCCAGAGGCAGUGGGAGCCUGGGAAGGCUGCGGUCCCCAACACGGUCCUACUCAUCCCGGGCGCAUUGGGCAGUGACCUCGAUGCCAUCACUGGCCAUGACCCCCCACGGGAAUGUCCCCGAGCUCCGUCCUCCCUGAGCACGCUCAGUGCUGGGGAGGUGCGGCCAGGCUACCCACACUCCUUCCCUGCACCCUCCUCAGCACGCAUCCGCGAGAAGGCCAGCGCCGGGGCCCAGUCCGCCAACGCCCAGCCACCGCGAUGCCGGCAGAGCCCGCACACCGAGGCGCCGACGGAGAUCCCCCUCGAGGCCGUGGCAGAGGGCCUGGAGAUCAUGGAGGGGCUGCUGGGGCCCAGCGGCCCAACUCAGGGGCUGCCCGGUGAAGAACGUGGGGAGGAUAGCUCCAAGCCGCCACAGGGAGAGGAGGGCGUCUAUCCAGACGCGGGUCUCCUGACCUACAUCAAUGAGCUUUGUGCCCAGGGAGACUUUCUCAACAAGGCGGACGCAGUUCUGCACCCACGCUUCCUGGCGGAGUUGCCCUGCCCGGAAGCCCAGCUGGAUCUCUUGGCCCUCGCUGAGGAGCUGGAGCAGGAGGAAGGACUGUCUUUGGAGAGCCGCAGCGGCUAUCGUUGGCGUGGCACCGCCUCCGCCUCUCGGGCGGCCUCACGGUGCCCUCCCUCCUCGCAGCUGGAGCAGAAGCGACUCCUGGAACUGAAGCAGGAGGAGGGUGUGCAGGCCCCCGCGAGUCACGGCACACCCCGACUGGACUCAAGGCCUUCUGGGUCUGAGGCCGGCCAGGAUCCCCAGAGGCACGGCCACGGCCCCCAGCUAGGGGCCAGCGACCAAGCCUGCCCACCAGAGUCUGGUUGCGGGCAGCGCCAGGCGCACAGCCGAGGAGACGCUGGCGUGUGGAGGCCCGAAGCCUUCGCUGCCUCUCCAGGACGCCAGGAGCCCCCUCCCCUGAAGGCUGGCUGGCGGCCCCAUGCCCCCCAGGCUCGGUGCCGCACUUCGCCCAGCCUGGGGCCCAGGCUCGCCACUGCUCCGGGAGAGACCUGUCCUGCUCGGGAGCCCCUGGGGCCCACGGGCAGGCCCAGUGAGGGCGAGGAGGAGCUCCCCAGCCUGGCCUUCCUCCUGGCAUCUCAGCACACACUGCCAUCCUGGGGACUGCCCCAGAGUCCUACUCCAGGCUCAGACCUCCUCCGCCCUGGAGUACCCCAGGCCCGCUCUCCCCAGAAGCCGGGCCUCAGCCCCGCUGGCCCUCCAGCUGGCAAGGCCAGCAGUCGGGCCCCGUGUGCAGGCCCAGCCCCUGCUGGGAAGACACCCCUGCCAGGGGCCAGCCUCGGGGUCGCUGGGGGACCAGCCUUGGCUCUGGGGCUGGGCUGCCCCUCACAGCCCCGGAAGAGAAGGGGGGACCCUUUCGGCACAGGGAAGGGUAGGAAGCGGCCCUGCAGCCAGUAG